AUGGCAGACAAAGGAGGUGCAUACGGCGCAAAGGCAGCAGACACCGACUUCAGACGCAAAUGGGACAAAGAGGAAUAUGCAGAACGUGCUAAACGGAAGGACAUGGAAGAGAGGGAACGAAUGCAAGAGAACGAAGAGCGCAUGCGACAAGGCGAGUCAGAACGGUUCUCGUUCAAUAAAAGCAAGAGACCUCGCAAAGGGGGCAAAAAAGAUGAUCUCCCAAAACCCACUGAGCUUAUGAAGCAACGAGAAGGCCCCCUCGAACUUGACAAGAACCUGAACAAGACCAUGGUUGUACAAAAUCCUGGCGGAAGGGGUCCAGGACAGCCGGGAUUCUACUGCGAGACCUGUAACAGGACCUACAAGGACAGUGUUGGAUAUCUGGACCAUAUCAACAGUCGAGCGCAUUUACGCGCACUGGGCCAGACAACCAAGAUUGCACGAUCAACACUUGCUCAGGUUCAAGCUCGCAUAGCCCUACUUCGCGAGAAAACCAAGGAGGCUGCCUCCGCUAAGGCGUACGACUUCGACAAACGUCUUGAGGAAGUGAAAGAGAAAGAAAGAGCACUGCGAGAACAGAGGAAGGCAGAAAAGAAGGCAGAAAAAGAGAAGGCCCGUCUCGCCUUGAUAAACGACUCCAACGAAGACAGCGAUAUGGCAGCCAUGAUGGGCUUUGGUGGCUUUGGCUCAACGAAGAAAUGA